UAGCGCGACCGUCCGUCCGUCGAACAGCAAGAAUGUCGGUGACAAAGCGCAGGCAGAAUGGCCAUGCGCCAGUGCCACGCAAGCUUCGCAAGGUCACACAAUCGCUAAGAGAGGGGAAAGAGCCCGUCAGUGACGACGGCGAGGAUCUUCUGGCCCGAGCUCUUGCGACGCAGCACGACUCUGAAGACAGCAGCAGCAGCGAGAUGGAUGAUGGCCAUGACCGGUCAAACCUGCAGAAUACUGAGACACCGUCAGCUGCAGAUCCUAGCAGCCUUUCCUCGACCAGGGAUCCUCACUUUCUGCAGCAAGAGCCUCUGCAGCAUCAAAUUGAAGCCUUGCUGGCGUCUGUCCGAACGCCUGCUGCAUCGUCAUCCCGAGCAAGACCGCUCAUGCUUGCACUUGAAGAGAUAAAAGCGACUCUCGCGAGCUUGCCGACUGUUGCACCUCUCGGCAUCGCAGAAGCGAUCGCACGAUUGAGCAAGCACAAUGUGACCAUACCUUUUCCAGAACCUGGCCCAAGUCCCUUGCAAACGCAAUGGCAGCUAGCGUUCGAAGCCCCUGCCAGCAUAGAGCUUGUCGGAAGUUGGCCGGUGGGAACCGCAUGCCGUUGGAAAGGUGUACAGGGGUGGGGCGUCGAUAUGGCUCUUCAGCUACCCGCCUCUUUACUUCAAGAGAACGACUACAAGCAAGGGCGAUAUCUACACAAGAGAGCAUACUACGUAGCCUGCCUUGCAGCAGCCUUGCCGGCCAGGCUCAGUCAGCUGCAUGUCUCCAUAGACCUUCUUCAUGGCGAUCCGCGCAGACCGAUGAUAGCACUCGUGCCCAAGCAAGGGUCCCUGCUGGCAAAGCUGCGAGUAGUCAUCAGGCUUUUGCCUUGCGCAGGCGCGGAGUCGCCCAUGCCUCUUUCCAAGCUCAAUCCCGGGCGCAGCAAUACCAAAUCCGCCGCGGGUACAACAGAGCCCACACCACUUUACAACAGCGCUCUACUACACGAUGCUUUCUUGCUUGCCGAUCGGUCGUACCUGGAGGAUGUCACAGAGAGCUGUCCUGCCUUCAAAGAUGCUUGCUUGCUUCUCAAAGUCUGGGCGCACCAGCGUGGGUUCGCCGGACAUGCAGACGAGCAUCACUUGAUAGGCAUGGAGAGCAUGUCACUUACGCUCACAAUGAUCCUUGCCCAUCUGCUUGUUGGAGGACGGCCGAAAGACAAGGAUACAAAAAAACUGCCAAAGACUGCUUCAAGCUGGCAGCUCUUCUCUGCCGUCAUCGAUUUCCUUGCUGAGACGUCUCUCGCUCGUCGACUUGUCUUUGCAAAGUCUGAUACCCCGCUCUUCAGCCCGGAUGAGCUGUCUGCGGCUUACAUGAACGGCUUCAUUGAUCACACGGGCUCGCGCAAUUUGCUGGCAGGCAUUCCCAGUGCAAAUCUUGACGCUCUACAAUUCGCGUCACGUAUGUCGGCAAUAGCUAUCGCAAUGGAUCCAUCUGCAGCCUUCAGUAGCGUCUUGCUCCGCUCGAGCUUCGAUCCUGCCGUCGCGUUCGAUGUCACAGUAGUACUAGAUGUCGGCCACUCCGUCACCAUACCUCAAGACCCACUGUACGAGCAUCGUGCACAGCAUACUUUGGCGGUACUCGUAUCGGACACGCUCGUUCGUGGUCUAUCUGACCGUAUCACUUGCUUGUCAAUUAGUACACGAUCGCAUGCGAGCAGUGGCUCAAGUGCGGCAGGAACUCCAAGUCAGCUUACCGUUGGCUUGUCCUUGAAUCCAGCGCAAGCGCAACGACUUAUCGACUCUGGGCCGAGCGCCGAGGAUGCGACAGCAGCUAGCAAGUUUCGUUCUUUCUGGGGCGAAAGGUCAGAGCUCCGUCGAUUUCAGGACGGUAGCAUUACAGAAAGCGUAGUAUGGACCGCGGACAGCGUGCUUGCACGCUCGCGCAUCAUCCCUCAGAUCAUAAACUAUUUGAUGUCGAAGCAUCUCAAGCUAUCGCCAGCGGCUAUCAGCGUGAUCGCAGGCCCUUACGAUGCUUUACUCAUGCAACCAGACUGCGUAUUCGAAGCUUCUGCAUCUGAUAACCCCAAAACCAGAGGCUUUGGCGCGGUCAUGGGCGCAUUUGACGAAUUGGCAAAGUACCUCCGUCAAAUCGAGAAGCUGCCGCUCUCGGUAACAAGCGUAACUCCUGCCAGCGAGGCACUGCGGUACUCUUCGGUUUUUCUGCCUUCACCUCGCGAUCGAGCGACCUAUGCUGCAAAAGCCUUGCCGACUUCGGCUCACACAGCAUUGCAUGAUAUUGCCAUUACCCUAGAGAGCUCUGGCCAUUGGCCAUCAGACCUCCAUGCGGUGCAGAAGAUCAAAGCUGCUUUCCUACUCUCCCUGGCAGAAACCUUGUUACGAACAGGACAGUAUGAAUGCCAGAUCGUCUUCGAUGCAGAUGCGCUGCCGCUCGUUGAUCAUUGCGCUCUCGACAUCCUUGCACCGACUGGCUACGCUUUUCGAGCACGUAUCCAUCACGAUGGCGACAAAACGCUGCUCGAGCGAACUCUGCUUGACACAAAAUCGCCGCCUACGCCCGACGAACGCAAGAUCUUGCUUGCUGCCUUGACGCAUCAUCACCGACGAUAUGUAGUCAAUCCUCGUCAUCAUGCAGCCAUAGCUGCUCUGCAACUUCGCUUUCCUACCCUUUCGACAAGCGUCCGCAUCCUCAAACGAUGGCUGGCAGCGCACAUGCUGUCGCCUCAUGUCGCACCUGAGCUGGCAGAAUUGCUGACUGCAUAUGUCUAUCUUGAUCCUACAUCAAGUCUUGCUCGGCCCGGCAGCCCUGCCACAGCUUUCGCAAGGGCGAUCGACCUGCUAUCUGCCUGGCAAUGGCUUGACACGCCCCUGCUGAUACCGCUCUAUACCUCUAUUGGCCUCGCGCCCGAAGUGAGAGCAGUCCUGCCGAUCAAGAAAGAGCAGCUGGCACGCGAUGCUUUCGUACGCAUGCGCAAGAUGGAUCCUGCCGUUCAACGCAGUGCGAUGGUGCUCGUGACGGAGGAAGAUCUCGAAGGCAACCUCUACACAAAGGACAAGCCCACGCGACUUGUCGCUGCAAGGAUUGUUCAGCUUGCCCAAGCGACAUUGCAGACCAUUCGAGCUGAGACGCAGAUAGGCAAGCUUGACGUCAAGAGUAUGUUCAAGACGCCGCUGGCGCAUUAUGAUCUCCUCAUCCAUCUGGAUGCUUCGCAAUUACCCCGCUAUGCAGAGAGUAUCUCGCCACGACAACAUCUCCUCACCGCUCGACAGCCCCGAUGGGCACUUGCCAAUCAAGCGGAUGGAGCUCGCUCUGUACCGCUAGGCUUUGACCCUGCUCAGAAUCUGGUGAGGACUCUCGAGCACUUCUAUGGCGACGCAGUCGUCUUCUUCCACGAUGUCCAUGGGGGCGACGUCAUCGGCGCACUCGUCAAUCCGGCCAUUUUGAAAGAGCGCGAUUUCAGACUCGGUCUUGGCUAUCCUUGUCAACCUGCUGACGCAUCGGAAAGCGCCGGGAAAGUCAAGAUCAUUGCCAGUCUUGCUAGCAUGAUUGGCGAGAUCAGAAGGCUCGGCGGAAAGCUUGUGACCGGCGUAUCGACGAACAAGCAUGAUCAGCUGGUCUGGCAGGCUGCCUAGUUGACCUCCUCGAGCAGGCCCUGGACGAGCAAGCGCGCUACGUCUGACCGUUUGACAAAGAAGAGGUUGUUCUUGCCGAAAUGGAUGGUGCCCGCCUCCGUUUCAACGUUGCCAAUGUCUUUGAGGACGCGGACUUGCACAUAGAGAUCUUGCGGCGGUCUAGGAUCGAGUGGGGUAGUG